AUGCCGUCAAUUGCAUUUCUUAAUAGUGUUUCACUACAUAUCUCUAUUUAUUUUGGCAUGUUUAUACUUAUUUGUGGUUUAAUUGGCAAUCUAUUCAAUAUACUUGUUUUUCUUAGUCUUAAAAUUUUUCGAGAAAAUUCAUGUGCAUUCUAUUUAACAACUAUGUCAUUACUCAAUAUGGGCCAAUUAUUAUCAGGUGUACUUCCACGUAUUGUGAAUGCUUGGUUUGCUACUGAUUGGUCUGAUGUUUCAUUAGCCUAUUGCAAAUUUCGAGCAUACUGCUUUCAAGUAUGUUCAUUAACUUCUUUUACAUGUAUGUGUAUAGCAACAAUCGAUCAAUUCUUGGUCACAUGGGCAAAUCCUCGUUGGCAACGAUAUUGUAAUAUUCAAUUUGCUUAUCGCUUUUUUAUAAUAUCUUUUCUUAUUUGGAUUCUUCAUGGAAUUCCAACAUUAGUUUACGAAACUCAUACUAUAUCAAUUUUGACUAAUGCAAAUCAUUGUGAAAUUUCCGAUAGUAUAUUUCAGAAGUAUUAUAACUAUGGAUUUGUUCUGGUUUUAACUAGUAGCCUACCUGUCUUUGUGACGGCUUUAUUUGGUUCAUUAGCUUAUCGUAAUGUAAGACUAUUAGCUUAUCGUACAGUACCUCUUGUUCGACGUGAAUUGGAUAAACAGUUAACACUAAUUGUUCUCGUUCAAGUUGUUUUCAAUUCUUGUGUUAUCGUACCAUAUAUUAUCACAUAUAUGUUUGAUUUUAGCGUAAGCUUUACUAGAAAUACUAUUCAAUAUGCAGUACUUCAAUUAGCUAGAAAUAUAUCAACUAAUUUUUUUUAUUUGUAUUUUGCAGUAAGUAGAAAUAAUCGAGUGCAAAUAUUAUCGAUACAUUGA